UGCACAAGUGGUACAGUCCACUGGUAAAAUUCCGAGAAUUGCGAACUGCGUGUUCUCAGAAUAGUUCUUCCAAGAACUGUCUUCGCGGGACACUUCCAAGAAAAACAGAUCAGGUGGACAACAUGUCAAGUGCAGCAGACGGCUGCAUCAAGUUCACUCGGCAUGCCGGUGAUGUGCUGUUCAACUUCAACCGCUUGCGCAGCAGAAACAUCCUGACCGAUGUCACCAUUCUGGUCGGUGGACAGCAAUUCCCCGCACAUAAGACAGUUCUGAUGGCAUGCAGCGGCCUCUUUUACUCCAUGUUUGCCGACACCCACAAAAGCAACCUGAGCUUCAUAAGUUUAGAUCCGAAGGUGGACCCCACUGGCUUCGGCAUACUGUUGGAGUUUAUGUACACGUCUUGUCUCACCCUUAAAGAUGACUUCAUUAUGGCCACACUCAAUACAGCCACAUACCUACAGAUGGACCAUGUGAUGGACACGUGCCAGAGGUUCAUGGAAUCCAGGGGCUUGUGUGUGAAGCAGACAGAUCAUGGAUUUUUAACUCCAGAAGCUCCAUUCAUCUUUAAUGAUGCCCUGAACACCCCGUCCAUUAGAACUUAUGGUCCACCCAGUCUGCACUAUGCAGACAGCACUUCCACUGACAGCCCUACCCGCUUCUAUAGACACCUUCCUAUCCCCCUGGAGACCUUAAGCACCACGAACCCCCUCUGGCAGAUCCCAAAGACGGGCGUAACAACCCACCCGCAGCACUCCCUGCCAGACAGUGGAGUGACUACUGGAAGACCCAUGGAGACCAGAGAGGAGAGGAACCGGCCGUCUGUGCUCUUCUGGUCAGCUCAGGCUGAGGGAGACAGGAAAGGAGCUCCAGGUGUGAACUCGGAGGUAGAGAACAUUGAGCCAUCUGACAGCAGUGGUCCUCAAAGCCCUCUUAGAUCAGACUGCCAGCCCAACUCACCCACAGAGUCCAGCAGCUGUAGUCGAGGGGCGGCAUCUCCUCAGAGCUCAGUUAGUGACCCCAAAGUCCGCAACUGGAAGAAGUACAAAUUUAUUGUGCUGAACUCCACGGACCGAGUGAAUGACCAUAGCGCACCAACUCCAUCCCAAACAGUUACAGAAUCCACCAAUAAGGCUAUUGAAGAUACAACAACAAGUCAACUCAAUCUUGACAGCAGCUCUACAGAUAAACGCAUUCAAAAAGAGGAGUGUGGCUCAUCAUCUCCUCACCUCAGCACUUUGACAGAAGAGAGCAGCAUGGGACCCACAAUAUUAGAGAGGGGUCGACUAUACUGUAAAGAGUGUGACUCGAAGAGCAAAUCGGACACAGAGAAGCCUCCUUGGGUACAGGACGGAAAGGCAUACAAAUGCAACUGCUGCCAAGCCAUGUUCCGCUAUAAAGGAAAUUUAGCAAGCCACAAAUCUGUCAACACAGGGGAGAAGCCAUACCGCUGCAAUGUGUGUGGAGCUCAGUUCAACAGGCCUGCAAAUCUGAAGACCCACUCACGUAUCCACUCAGGAGACAAACCAUACAAAUGUGAAACCUGCGGCUCUCGCUUCGUCCAGGUGGCUCAUUUGAGGGCUCACGUACUGAUCCACACUGGAGAGAAGCCAUAUCCAUGUGACGUCUGCGGCACUCACUUCCGCCACCUGCAGACACUCAAGAGUCACCUACGAAUACACACAGGAGAGAAACCUUAUCAUUGUGAGAAUUGUGACCUACACUUCCGUCACAAAAGUCAGCUGCGACUGCAUCUACGGCAAAAACAUGGCGCUGUCACAAACACCAAGAUUCAGUACUGCAAAACCAGACCAGACCUCUAAGACCUGAAAAAAAUACAGACUAAACAUAAACUUUCAAAGCAAAGCUAUCCUGCAAGAACCUUGGCAGACCUGCGCUACAUUAGUGGAUCUGAUGUACGAAAAGCCAUCAAAUAAUACAGAUGCCUGCAUAUAUCGCUGUAAUGCCCUUACCUGUAUGUUUUCUCAAAUUAUCCAGUUGCAAAUUGCAUCUCUAAUAUGCAGGACUAAUUGACCAACAUGUUUACGUUUUUGUGUACAUUCAAUCAGAUCUGCAAAAGCACUUGUCCACCCUGCAUGAUUUCAAAUGGAUAUCAUGAUCGCCAAUAACAUUUAAACAACAAAGUAAACAUUGAGUUGCAAGCAUUGUAAAUCAAGUUUUUGUCAAUACAUCAUUGCAAGUCAUUGUGUAAGGCUGGAUUGCUCUAUAUUUGAACAUACAUUUAUUUCAAUUAUUUAUAAAUUAUUCAUUUGUAUACCGUUAAUGUUAUUUCACUCCCUUUCAGCCAAACUGUAUAUAAACCGUAGAUAAAAUAUACAAGGAGGUUAUUGGUAUAAAGGAUAAUUGUUUAUCGAUUUGCAGUGUAAAUGAUUAAUCCCACCUCUGCUUUGGGAACUCUUAAAUGUGGUACUUUUAUGACAACAUUAUAUGACAAUAUUGUAUUUAGGCACGUGUUUGAUAUUGUACAGCUGUUUUUGGUACAAGAGGGCCAAAAGUCCUUUUAAAUUAAACAUUUGGUAACA